AUAGUUUGAUAACCAAUGUUUCAACCUAGUAAUGGACUACUUGGUAUUGUUAGAAUAAUCCAUAGGUAACAUUAAUCAUUUGGUUUGCUGUCCAAUCAGUAUAUUUAAUUAUAGUGCUAUGUUUAAAAGUGAACAAGGGUUUAUUUACUUUAGGUAAUGGCAUAUGGUUCUUCCAAUCUUUUUCCUCAAACUUUUUUUUUAUAGCUUAUUUAAAAUAGAUCUACAAUGCUUUUCAGCUGUAUUUGGCAUAUAUGUUGACAUUUCCUGAACCAGCUCAUAAGAUUGUUGGAAAAACUAAGAGGAGUGGCCUGGGCGUGUUACUGAGAAGGACUUUCUGUUAAGGAGUGACUUUACAUGAGAAUUCUGAAUCUCCACUCAACUGGUUUCAUGGUGUUAAUAACAAGAAAUUAGCUUUGUGAGGCAGGCGUGUGCUGAGAACUAUACUGGACGCUGGUUGCCAGGGAAUUUGAAAUAGCUUUGAAGGAGAGGAUGACAAGGGCAGAACUGCUACUGGUCCAAAGAAUGGAUUUUACAGAGGCUUACUCGGACACAUGUUCUACAGUUGGACUUGCUGCCAGGGAAGGCAAUAUUAAAUUAUUGAGGAAACUACUCAGAAAGGGUCGCAGUGUCGAUGUUGCUGAUAAUAGGGGAUGGAUGCCAAUUCAUGAAGCAGCUUACCACAACUCUGUAGAAUGUUUGCAGAUGUUAAUUCAUGCAGAUUCGUCUGAAAACUACCUUGAAGCAAAGACUUUUGAGGGCUCCUGUGCAUUGCAUCUUGCUGCCAGUCAAGGACACUGGAAGAUUGUGCAGGUUCUUUUAGAAGCUGGGGCAGAUCCCAAUGCAACCACUUUAGAAGAAACUACACCAUUGUUUUUAGCUGUUGAAAAUGGACAGAUAGAUACAUUAAAGCUGUUACUUCGACAUGGAGCAAAUGUUAAUGGAUCCCAUUCUAUGUGUGGAUGGAACUCUUUGCAUCAGGCUUCUUUUCAGGGAAAUGCUGAGAUAAUAAAAUUGCUGCUUAAGAAAGGAGCAAGCCAGGAGUGCCAGGAUGACUUUGGAAUCACACCUUUGUUUGUGGCCGCUCAGUAUGGCAAGCUAGAGAGCUUGAGCAUACUUAUUUCAUCGGGUGCAAAUGUCAAUUGCCAAGCUCUGGACAAAGCUACUCCCUUGUUUAUUGCUGCUCAGGAGGGUCACACGACAUGUGUGGAGCUUUUGUUGUCUAGUGGGGCAGAUCCUGAUCUUUACUGUAAUGAGGACAACUGGCAGUUACCUAUUCAUGCUGCUGCACAAAUGGGCCAUACAAAAAUCUUGGACUUGUUGAUACCACUCACUAACCGGGCUUGUGACACUGGGCCAGACAAAGUGAGCCCUGUGUACUCAGCAGUGUUUGGAGGUCAUGAAGAGUGCCUAGAGCUGCUUCUCCGCAGUGGCUACAGCCCAGAUGCCCAGAUGUGCCUGGUCUUUGGAUUCAGUUCUCCCAUGUGCAUGGCUUUCCAAAAGGACUGUGAGUCCUUUGGAAUCGUGAAUAUUCUUUUGCAAUAUGGAGCCCAGCUAAAUGAACUUCAUUUGGCAUAUUGCCUGAAAUAUGAAAAGUUUUCAGUAUUUCGCUACUUCUUGAAGAAAGGUUGCCCUGUGACAUCUUGGAGCCAUAUAUCUGAAUUUAUAAAUUAUGCAGUUAAAGCACAAACAAAAUAUAAGGAAUGGCUGCCGCAUCUCCUGCUUGCUGGAUUUGACCCGCUGACUCUACUAUGCAGUUCUUGGAUUGACUCAGUCAGCGAUGACACUCUAAUUUUCACUUUGGAGUUUACUAACUGGAGAAGACUUCCGUCCCCUGUUGAACAAAUGCUCUGUGCUCGUGCCUCACAUUCCUCUGGGCUGUUACAGCAACGAAUCGGUUGCAGUGAUGCAGGGUGACUCUCUGUCAUGUCUCUACCACGUUCUAGCUGGGGAGAAGUUACUUUAAUUUCUGAACCUUGGUUUCUCCAGUUUCAAGAAAAGAUACUAGUACCUGUGUCACAUCAUUUUCUCAGUAGACAUUGAAAUUGUGAUUUGCAUUAAUUGAUUUUUAUUGUUUUUUUUUCCUUCCUUGAGACAAAUAAAGUGGUCAAAGUGUAACAUGGGGGAGGAGACUCUAUGCUUUGACUUUUCUUGGUGAGAGAGUUUGAAGGCUGCAUUUGAAAUGGUGGUGACACAAAAUGGAUAGAACCUAGAAUACUCAGUUGUUACUUUAGGAA